CAUAAAUCCGAUCUCUCCCGCAAGCAAUCGAACCACCCCCGAAACAGAGUCGACCUCAGCGCAAGAGCAAACAGCAGUCCUCCCCCUUCCGGCGGCGUCAAUGGCGGCCGAGCCCAAGAUCCUCGAGCUCUCCAACGGCAGGAUAACCGCCAGGAUCGCCAGCUGGGGCGCCACCAUCACCUCCCUCCUCGUCCCCGACGCCCACGGGAAUGUCGCGGAUGUGGUGCUCGGGUUCGACGACCUGGAGCCGUACAUGAAAGGCAUUUCACCUUAUUUUGGAUGCAUAGUUGGCCGAGUUGCCAAUAGGAUCAAGGAUGGCAAGUUUGCCCUAAACGGAGCUGAGUAUUCAUUACCUAUCAACAAUGGACCCAACAGCCUCCAUGGUGGAUUGAAGGGAUUUGACAAAGUCGUGUGGGAUGUCAUAGAGCACAAAGAUGGUGAAUGCCCAUCAAUAACCUUUCAGUAUCACAGCAAGGAUGGGGAAGAAGGUUAUCCAGGUGGUGUAACAGUGAGAGCAACAUAUUCUCUUCCUGAGGCUACCACUCUAAGACUUGACAUGGAAGCCACACCACAUGACAAAGCCACUCCUAUCAGCUUGGCACAGCACACUUACUGGAACCUGGCAGGUCAUAACUCUGGUGACAUCUUAAAUCAUUCAGUUCAGAUCUGGGGGAAGCACAUCACUCCAGUUGAUGAAAACACAAUUCCCACUGGUGAGAUAAUGCCUGUUGAGGGCACACCUUUCGACUUCACUACAGAGCACAAGAUUGGGGAGCGCAUCACUGAUGUUCCUGGAGAGUAUGAUCAUAACUAUGUGCUGGAUUGUGGGGAUGAGAAGAAUGGCGUGAAGCAUGCCGCCAAGCUGAGAGAUCCAUCAAGCUUGCGAACUCUGGACCUCUGGACUAAUGCACCUGGCAUGCAGUUCUACACCGCCAACUAUGUGAGUGGCAUCACUGGCAAAGGGGGUGCUGUUUAUGAGAAACAUGCCGGUGUAUGCUUGGAAACCCAAGGGUUUCCUAAUGCUAUCAACCAACCAAACUUCCCCUCUGUGGUAGUGCAGCCUGGAGAGAAGUAUAAGCACACUAUGCUGUGUGAGUUUUCAAUCUGAAUGUUGAGGCUGUGAACAGCUCAAAUGGUUGCACUUGUGGAAUGAAAAUAAUGAGCAGAAGAAUGAGGUGUGGUUGGCACAUAUCAAUGACUGUAUCUUACUUUGUGAUGCAACGAGAGAAAAAUGUUCUUGAAAGCUCAAAGUUAGAUUUACAUAUUUCUUAAUUAGAAUGGUUGCAUAUAAUUGAGAACAUCAAAAUGCUUGGGAAGGGAGGACCUGACGCAGUGGUAGUCUCUCAACUUGUGGUGCUAGAGGUCCUAUGUUUGAAUAAGAAAGGGUAGGGCUGCCUAGAAGUCCUCUUCCCCAUAUCCCAGUUUAGAUGGGAGCUUCAA